UAUAUACCUCAGCGAGCGAGGGGUUGUUCGUCCCUUCGGGGACAUCCGAUAAAAUUGGAACGAUACAGAGAAGAUUAGCAUGGCCCCUGCGCAAGGAUGACACGCACAAAUCGAGAAAUGGUCCAAAUUUUUUUUUGAAAAAUUUUUCGGGUGAUCUGAAUCUGCUCAUUUGGGGUUUUGAAAGGGUUCUCUUGCCAUUGGAAUUUCUGGGGUUUAAAUCGAAUCUCAUAUAUUUUGCUGGUAUGUCAUAUGCAUUUGGGUUAUGUAAGUCUGAUGGAUGUAUUUUACUGUUAUGGGUUAGAGGUUCUGUUAUCUUUUUGGAUUUGUUAUGUUGCUCAUCAUCUGUGACCGGAAUUUUAACUCGAGCAAAGAUAAUGGUGAGCUUGGUACCUUGCUCUUUGUGGCUGUAUCUUCGUCCAUGCCAAUUGAGGGCGAGCAAGAGCAAAGAAGGUCUAUCUAUUCGAGGGGGUCACAAAUUGAUUCCCAGUAUAGGUUGGGGAAAGAGGGAAGUGGUGGAGACAAAGUUGGGAAAGAAAAAGCUUCUCGGGAAACUAAUGAUCUUCAGCCUGCAUCAUCGUCUAAAAUAGCUACAUGGGCAGCUGAUUUUGUGGAGAAAAAUCCUGCAUUGCAUCGUUCCUUAGCUAGAAUCAAGGAGCAACAAGGAUGUAUGUUCCGCAAAAACUACGCUUGGUUGCUUUUGCAGGGAAAAAUCCUGCCUUGCAUCGUUCCUUAGCUAGAAUCAGGGCAAAACAUGGAUGUAUGUUCCGCAAGAGACUACGCGUGGCUUAUUGAAAGACACACUUCAAUAAAAGCAGCAAGCCAAGAAACCUGUCUCUGCCAGAAACAUUGAUGGGCGAAUGCAGAACCUUUUGCAUAGAUUUUCACAGGAAGAAAAACCAUUUUUUUACAAUCAGGAACAAUCGAACCUCUAUCUUAGUCUGUCUUGGGAUGGCAUUUUUAUGAGAACUCCAAAGAUUAACGGUGAAUUCAGUACUUUUCUCUCACAACAAGAUCUGGGCAUUUCCAAUUGAAGAAGAACAAGAGCGAAGGAAGGCAGUAAAAGCUGAAGGAAUUGUAGAUUGAUGCCUAGAAUAGGUUUUAGGAGCAGAGAAAUCGGGGAGACAAUCUUGGAGAAGAAAGUCUCCAGAGGCAACUAUAAUAUUAUGGGCACUUUUGAGUUUUGCCAUUGAAAAAUGGCAGCUGGGAAAUUAGCUUCUGUAAAGAAGAACGCUCACACUGCAUCAUGCCUUAUGUAGAACGAAGUCAGGAGAUGGAUGUGCUUUCUCGACAGGACUAUGCGGAAGAAAAUCCCCAAGAAACCCUUUUAUCAUAUCUCAAUCUUGGACUCUCUUUGGGUAGCAUUUAUGAUGACAACUUCAAAGAGAGACCUUUUACAAGAUCAUUCACAGGAUUGAUCACUCUUAACAGAGAUACUGUUGAAUUGGGUAGCAUGCUAUCCUUGGAGUUGUCUGGGUCAAUCCCAAGUAAAGGAGAACAAGAACAGGGAAGGAAAAGUGGGAGAGGCAUUGCUGGGGAGGAAAAGUCUCCUGAAGUAACACUUUGGAUGGUUGCUUCUGCAGAGAAGAACCCCGCACUUCAUCGUGCCUUGGCUCGAAUCAAGGCAGCAGAAGGAUGCAAGUUCUGAGAUACAAAAAGGAAGAGAGCUUCUUCAAUGGGGGAAACCAGUCGAGUAAUCAACUUCUCCCCAGAAAUUAAUGAUGGACAUGCAGAGAUUCUAUUGCAUAGAUCUUUCGAGAAAACUAAAGAAACACAGUUAUCUAGUCAAGAGCAGCUGGAACACUUUGACCUCAAUCUUGCACCCUGUUUGUCUGGCAUUAAUGACGAUAACUUCAAAGAGAAACCUCUUGCCCAAUCAUCAUCAGUCUCCAGUUUGAUAGAUCUGAACAAAGAUUCUGAUGAACUCAGUAACAUACUCUCCAGGGUGAGAUCUUGCUCAAUUCUCACUGAGGGAGAGCAAGAUCAAAGAAGAACAAUAAAGCCAAGACAUUUCCAAAUUGUGGCCCAGAAUAGUUUGGAGAAGCAGAGAAGUGGGGCAGAUAAAUUUGGGAAAGAAAAAGUUUCUCCGCCAACUUCGCGGCUGCCACCUUCAUUACUGUCUAGAAUAGCUCCAUGUGCAGAUUCUUCUGUGGAUAACAAUCCUACCUUGCGUCGUGCCUUAUCUAUGAUCAAGGAACCAAACGGAUGUGUGUACAGCAAAAAACUACGCCAAGCUGAGAUGCUUGUAACCCAAGGCAUUGCCUGAGCAAGAUGAUGAUGCUCAACCUAAAGCCACCUUUGAUGGAAAAUCAGUCAAUUUUGCGAAACUAGGACUGACAAUAUCUCUCACAAGCGGCUAGACUUUGUAAUGGCCUUGCUCGAGACGAUUGGAUGGAAGUUAUGAAGAAGAUGCCUAGAAUCACAACUAUGGGAGGAAACUGAUAGGAUCCAAAGGUUUAGAUGUCGCCACGUGUACCAUUGAGUUUGUUAAUAGUUGGUUUAAUAACAAAUUGGGUUUCACUGGGUUAGUGGAACUGUUUUAGGGGAGGUUUAGCUUGUAUUCGACAGAUUUGAUGAAUACACAAGAAAUUGUUCUUCUUUUCCA